UUUGAUCACAAUCGUUACAGGAUUUAUGCUUCUCGUUACAGUUUCAGCUGUGCUCCGCGGCUUUAUUUUCAUUUCCGUAACAUUAACUAGAAAUUUAAUAAAUUUGCCAUUCGUGAAACUGGCAAUAGACUAGUAUGCCCUGUAUUGUGCCAACGUGUCUUCGAUCGGAUGGGUCAAUGGUCACAUUUCCUGCCGAUAAACGGCUCGAGAAAAGAUGGUGUGAGGCUAUACAGCUUGGAACGGGAAACAAAAUUCAACUGGAGAGUGACACAGAAAAAACACUGAUAUGCGAGUUACACUUUUCAUUACCAUACUCGGACGGAGAGAUUAGAUACGAAGAACCCAGCAAAUUCGUAACAAGUAAAGGAAGCAUCGAAGAGAUCGUAAGCUGUCGACUUUGCCUAAACUUUUAUCGAAAAGAAGAAAUGUUGUCGUUGAAGGGCUCUCUUCACAAAGAUAGGAUUGAUACCCUGGCUAGUGAAUUAUUGAAUGUGUGUAUUCGAGAAAAUGAUCUGUUUCAGCUGGUUUGUCAAAACUGUGUCGCUCGUAUUGAAAUCGUGAAAUCCAUCCAAACAGCGUUUUCUGAUGCGGAGUUUACAUUCCAAAGGCUGGUUGAGAUUAGCGCAGGACAAAUCUGCUGCAUAAAAGAUGACUGUGAUAUGGACCUAAAUUUCACUGAAGCCGAAACAGAUUUCUAUGAUGAAGAGGUGAUGAACACUGAAAACAGUAUGCAGAAUGUUGCUCAAAGGAUAGGGAAAAUCAAAAUCGAUAAAGUAGAGCCUCCGCCGCCAAAAAGUCCAGCAUUUUCAGGGAAAAAUACAUUGAGAGAAGCAUUGAAAAAAUGCUACAUCUGCAUCCAAGAGUUCGAAAAUCCAAGCCAAUUGCUGGAGCACCUAACCGAAAAGCAUCUUUCCGCUGGCGGUUUUUAUUGCCACGAAUGUUCUAGAGACUUGCCAACGAUUAUGCAAUACAAUCGACACCUUAGUCGACAUGACGAAACGGAACGGCCUAUCAAGUGUCGCUUCUGCCCAAUGCGCUAUGUAACACAUGCUAGUGCAAAAUCUCACGAACGUCAAGAGCACGGCAAAAAUUCAAAAAAACGGAAGCACUCAAAAGAUCGGAACGUGGUUUGCGAACAAUGCGGCAAAUUUUUCUAUCCAAGCACCAUUGGAAAUCACAUUCGCCUAAAGCACGAGAAGAAACAUCCUAAGUGUCAUCUUUGCGAACGCACCUUCACAAAUGGGGCUACACUGGCACGACACAUGUUGGUACAUACCAACACCAAACCAUACAGUUGUGAUCAAUGUGAUAAUACCUAUCGUCGUCAGUUAGAUCUUCGGCAUCAUAAGAGUCUAGUACAUGAUGGCAUUAAUCCGCACGUUUGUUCACAAUGCAAUCAAGAAUUCAAAAGCUACAGUCAUCUCUAUGAUCACCGUCAAAGGGUUCAUCUGAAAAAGAUGCCUAAAAAGCCUAUAGAAAUGCCUAAAAAGCCUAUAGACUAUGAGGGGUUCAGAACGUGCCGCCUUUGUGACACGAAAUUUAAGAAAGAUAAGGAGUUGGUCGAGCACAUUAGUCAAAAGCAUAGUACAGAGGAAUAUCCCAUGUGGCUUUGUACGGAGUGCCCGAGAUCUUUCUACACAUCAACACAGCUGUCGAUACAUAAGAACAUUCAUACGGACAAGUUCGAGUGUACCGAAUGUGGCGCACGGCAUACCCAGAAAACUACACUGCAGUUUCACAUGGAAACUAAACACUCGGACGGUAGCGUUUUCAAGUGUUCCGACUGUGAACAAACUUUCGCCAGCCGGUUUUAUUUGUAUCGCCACAGCAUUCUACACAAGAAAGGCAAACGGUUCCAGUGCGAUUUUUGUCCGAAAUCGUUCCUAGAGACAAUCCAGCUAAAAAACCAUAGACGAACUCAUACCGGAGAGAAACCAUUCGAGUGUCCCGUAUGUUUGGCGCGCUUCGGCGACGGCUCAACAUUCAGCAAACACAAAAAACGUUGCAUGGCUGCGCUCUCCAACAAGAACAAUGAUGCUGAGGAGGGUGCGAUCAAACCUGCUGCUACUAGAAAAGUUCCGACAUGUCACCGCUCCGAUACGGCAGUGAGACCGUUUCCCGAGGACCAGGCGCUUGCUUCGAGAUGGUUAGAUGCGAUCGAAGUUGGCUGCGGAUAUACGAUGCUGUUAACCGAGAACGAUAUUCAGCCGGAAAUAUGCAGUUUACAUUUUUCCGACCCGGACAAAUACGGAUACGAAGAACCGUCAAUAUUCGUGCAUUGUAAUGAGACUAGCACAGAAAUCAGCAGUUGCAGAUUGUGUUUGGCUUUUUAUCCUAGCAAGGAUAUGGUUCCUCUGGAGGGCACCCUAGGUGAGAAUAAUAUUGCGUCUCUUCUAGAAUCAAUGGAAAUGAGCAUUCGGGACGAUCAUUUUCUGCGGUUGAUUUGCCUACCGUGCUUAACGCAGUUGGAUAUAUUGACUGCGCUUCACUCCAAGUUUAGCCAGUCAGAGCAACUUUUUCAAGGGUUGUUAGCGAAAAGUCAGAAUAAAAUGCAGGAUGAUGAUUUUAAAGAAAAUGCAAGUUCGCCUCAAGAAAAAUUGAUGGACAGGCAAAAUAAUAAACCAAAAGUUCGACAGAAACCUUUGAACGACGACGUGAGACGAAGUGAACGACAUAUAAAGAAAAGUUCCAGCGCUGACGCACCAACCAAUAAUAAUAACAAAGCAAAGAAAAAACAAGCAUCAAGUCUGAAUAAUAAAUUAGAGCGCUAUUGCUACAUAUGUGAAACGUUUCAAUCGGAUUCCAAUCAGCUAACGUUGCAUCUUAUCGAAAUGCACACUUCCGAGACGGGUUAUCAUUGCGAAGAAUGCCACUUAGAUAUCCCGCUGCUUACCUCGUACAACCGUCAUCUUAGCCGACACGAUGAGUUGGAACGGCCUCUCAAGUGCAGUGUCUGCUCUGUGCGGUUUGUGUCUCACCUUCAGGUGAAGGUGCACGAAAAUAAAAUGCAUGGUGCGAAGCACGAUGUCAAACAGCAGAAAAGUAAGGUUCGUGAAGUCAUCUGCGACAAGUGCGGAGAAAUUUGCGACACGCGCAGCAUCAAAGUCCACAUGAAGCUAGUCCACCAAAAGGAAGGUCAACCGAGAUGUAAUAUUUGUAACAAAGUAUUCACGGCAAAAGUAAGCCUCGAGCGGCACAUGCUUUUACACACAGACGCUAAACCCUACAGUUGUGAGCAGUGUGGGGAAUCUUUCCGGCGUUUACUAAAUCUCCGGCAUCAUAAGAGCUUAGUGCACGAUGGCAUAAACCCGCACGUUUGCUCCGAAUGCAACGAAACGUUCAAAAACUAUCAGAAACUUUACUUCCACAAGCAGAAAGUUCACAACAAAAGAAUUCCUCCAUCCCAGCAACAGCAGCAGCACGAAGCGUGCAAGUUAUGCCGCUUACGAUUUCCGAAGGGAAGUCUACUGAUGGAACACAUAGGAAGCAAACAUGCGGAGGAACAGUAUCCGAUACUCCAAUGUCCGCACUGUCCUAAAACUUUUGUACUGUCAAUGAGGCUAGCUUCACACAAGCUUAUCCAUUCGGAUAGAUACAUCUGUCAGCUGUGCGGUGCUCGGCAUGCUGAAAAAAAGAAGCUUCAAUACCAUAUGGAUCUCAAGCACCCGAGUGGUCAUGUGUACAGCUGUAGCGAGUGUCCCAGGACCUUCACCAGCCAGCACCAGCUCAAUCUACACAUUCCCGUACACACCAAAGGGAUGCAGUUUCAUUGCGAUGUCUGUUCGAAAUCAUUCAUGCGCAAGUGCCAGCUGAAAAUUCACGCGCGAACUCACACCGGCGAAAAGCCACUCCAAUGUGACGGCUCUUUGAAACGCUUUAAGGACGACGGAUCAUUUAGUAAGCACAAACAACGAUGCAAAACGCUGGCCAACGCGACUGCUGAUACGGAAUAUCUAGAAGACGACAGUUUCAUUUUGGACUAGCUUGUUAGGUAUGCAAUUUUUUAAUUCGUGUUUCUUAGUCUGGUUGAUUUAGAUACAAAAAAAACACUUUUUUCAUUUAUUUGAACAGUUUUAUUUGACAAAAGUGGGUAAAUCGCUGGUACGGUGAUUUACGCUGAGUUGUUACUUGUGUAACUAACUGCAGAAAAAUGCAGAAAAUAACAAUGAUAACUCCAUCCUGUUGAUAACAUUAAAACACUAGACGUUUUACUUAGUAA